AUAAACAAAAAAGAUUACUCCAAUUUUUGUUCCAGUCGUUUUUCUUUAAAAUGCUCGACAAGCUCUCUUUGUUGCCUUAUGCUCCUCUUCUGCCAAAAACUUCCUCCUAAAACUCAGUGCAGAAUUUUUAGGCCUCUUAAUUAACCUAUCUUUCUUCUUGAUCAAUCAGAGACAUGGAUGCAAGAUUUCUUUGUCAAACUAGAAGUCCUGUUCCAUCCCUGCCGCGACAGAAGCGUGCUUGGAAGCUCAAACAUCGCUCUCCUGUUCUUGCCGUUCUAACAAGAACACCAGAUAAUAAUAUGACUGGAGAGGAAAAGAAAGCUUCGCAUCCUACUGAUAUGUUAGGAGGACUUACGAAAAAUACUACUGUCUAUAACGAUAGCUGGUUUGCUAAGCUAGCUAUAAACUAUCUAUCGCAGCGAUUUCAAGAUGCAACAGGGAUGAGAAACAGCAAGAGAGAUUAUGAGAGCUUGACACAGACAGCUAGAGAUACAUGGCGGAAAUUCAGUCCAACUCAACAACACGAGGUUGUGCUUCAAUCUCUUAAUAGAGCCAUCCCCGCAACGAUAUCGACCUUGGUAAAGAUCAUGCUACCACAGUGCACGUUUACAAGAGAAUAUUUUGCUGCCUUCACAACCUUGUUCUUUGUUUGGCUAGUCGGACCCUGCGAGGUGCGGGAAUCCGACUUCAAUGGAAGAAAAGAAAAGAAUGUGGUUCACAUAAAAAAGUGCAGGUUUUUAGAGGAGACAGACUGUAUUGGGAUGUGUACUAAUCUAUGCAAGGUUCCAAGUCAAACAUUUAUCAAGCACUCCUUUGGAAUGCCAGUUAACAUGGUUCCAAGAAUAAAGAACCAUAGGAUGGUAUCGAGGUGCUGGAAUAGUAAAGGAAGGAUAUGAACUCGAAGUUUGCUAAAUAGGGUAGUUGGACAAAUCAAUAACCAAGUCCAAAACAUGAGGUGAUGAAGUUGAUGCGGCAGAAGAUGUUGAACCAAACAUCGAACCAGAUUGGGCAACAACAUCAGAGGAGGUUGAAACUAAUGUCACUGAAGGGGUAGAACUUGAAGAAUGAUCGAUAAAUAAAGAUGCAUGUUGUGAUAUAAGAGCAGGGCUGGAAGACACGAUCGAACGGUCAAUUGAGAGAGGUAUCAUAGGUAGUGAGUUGGAUUUAGGUAUUAGAAAAGUACUUAGAGAAGGCAGGUGUGUAGUGGAGUUUGGUAAAUGUAAAUUGAAGGCAUAGGAAAAUUAGCUACCUGGACAAAAUUGUCAAAUGAAAAAGCAUGUCCAUGAAAUCUUUUAUGACGAGAAAUGUGAAUUCUUUGAGAUAACAUGUUAAGACAACAAUGACCUUAAUUAGAGGAUCUAUAACUUAGAAACACACAUGAAGUGGAGCAAAAGUCUAACUUAUGAACAUUAUAUGAACAUAAAAAGGGAUAAUAAAGACACCUAAAAGUACAUAAAAAAUUAUAAUCCGGAGUAAGGUGUAAUAUACAUUCAAAUAGAUUUAUUUUACAAUAUAAGAGUAGGCAUACAAUUAAUGAGAUACAUAGAAGUUUCAAACAUAUAAUUCCAAAACCAUAAAGGUGCUUUAAAUGAACCAGAAAAGUAAGACCAAUUUUGACUGUAUGUCGAUGAUGACAUGUAACAAUGUCAUUUCGUUUAUGAGUAUAUGGACAAAUUAAUUAGUGGUGAACACUAAUGGCCUGAAAAAAAGUAUGUAAUUUUUUAUAUUCAUAACCCUAGUCUGUUUGGAUAGAUUUAAUUUUGUGAGAAAAUUACCUUCUGCCGCAUCAACUUAUGAACAUAUAACAAUGAUUUUUCAAUUCGAGAAACAUAUAGAACCUUAGACAAAAUAAAGGUUUUUUUUGGUGUAAUUUAGUAUGAGCAAUAUGGUAGAUGAUAAGUCUCUUAUUAUCACUAAUAUGCUAUUGAUCAUUACAAAGAUAAGGUUAUGAACCUGUCAUGUUCGCAAUAUUAGAAGUGACAUGUUAAUUCACAUAUGUGUCUAUAAACCAAUUAACCAGCAUAAAUUCCUGUGGAAAUAUUGCUAAGAGCUAGGUUGACAUUAUCUUGUAACUAGUGAUUGUGGAGUUGGGAACACUGUUGAGCCGACUAACCAAAAGUAUAGCUAAGUUGACACCUAACAGAUCAUGUAUUAGACCACUGAUUUGAUGAAAGGGAACAAUUUCCUUGCUGUUAAUUAUGUUGUUACCAAAUCCUAUUGUUAGGACCAUUAUUCCCACGGUAAAAAGUAGUGUCAUUAUUAAAAUUUAUAUUGUUGUUGCGCCAACCACUAUGAAAACGACCUCUAUCAUGAUAAGAAUUGUAGCUGUUGUUAUGAGAACCAAAGGACUGUCUAUGAGAGGAGGAAAACUGACCCUGAGCAAUAAAAGCUAAGGGGGGCUGAGCUGGUGUAGGCAGCAACAGGGUAAUAACAGAGCUUUCAAUGGAUUGAAGUAAACUUUUAUGAAAAAACUCAUGAGUGAGGAGGUAACUGUGGAGGUCAGUGUAGGAAAGAUGGUUAGUCUUGGUGGAUAAACUAGUCACAAAGUCCUUAAAUUCACCAUGAAGUUCGCGAAACACAUAUAAGUUCAAAUCCUAUAACGAAAUAGGCCUUCUAGCCACUGCCAAUUCAUCAAACAAGGAGUUCUCUUUCUGGCAAAUAAAAUAGUGACAAAAUCAUCACCUUGACAGAUUUCUUGGAAAGUGCCAUGAAAUUGUAUAAUUCUAAAGUUCGCCGGAGAGGCAAUAACUUAUUCAAAAGUGUGCUAAGAACUGCAUGAAUUCUGACACUUAAUGACAAGGUGCAUCACAUCCAUGAAAAAAAGAGAGAGAGAAGGGCAUUUAAAAUAAGUUGUUUCUAAAGUAGAAAAGAUGGAUUGAUCUGAAAGGGAGAACCAUUGAAAGUGGCAAGUCGAGAAGAGGGACACGAAAUGAGCCAUCAACAAAGUGAAAUACUCUAUGACCAAUAAGAUAUGACUUCAUCUGCAUUUACCAAUAAAGAUAAUUAUUAGUGUUUGAGAGCUUCAAAAAAAUUAUUGUUGAGUGUUUAAGAGAGGCAUGAAAGCUGCGAGACGAGAACCAGUGGCAGCAGCGACAAGAGUUGGAAGAAGAGAACCACUAGCUUAUUCAACAAACGAAAAGGAAGAUAAUGUCAAUGUAAUUACCUUGGGCAAGGAAGGGAGAAUCAGAUCAAGGAUAACAAUGGUGGUAGGAGCUGCGUUGUUAUGAUUUUGUGUUAGAUCCACAAGGAAAAAAAGAAAAA